AGAAAUUUGCGCCAUCGGGAAUUUUGCACCACGCGUUUGCAGAGCAUCACAGCCUCAUGCUCCACUCCAGAACUCCACAACAGAGUUUCAUUGCGGUUUCCUCACCAUCCAUGGCUGCGACCAUCAGCUCUUCCCUGGUGAGGCUUGCGAGGCUCCGCCCUAAAUCUCACGUUGCAGAUUUUCACCCGCCGUCAAUUGCGUCCAUCACGCGGAAGCCUUACUCAGGCGUCAGUGAGUGCGUGCGAGUCUUAUCGGCACGUAGUAGACGGACGUGCAUCCACGAUGCACCCCUCCUGCAGUCCCCGCCGCUGCAGUAUUCCCACGACCCAUCAGCGGAGUGCGUCCUCAGCAUCGCGGGCAUCCAUGGGUUGGCGGGUCCCGACCUCCCCGUAGAGCUGCCGGGUCGUGGCGGAGGGCAGCCUGCGCCCCCCGAGAUAUUCCCCAGCUCGCCGCCAAUCCCCAUGCCCAACGUCCCCCCGCUCACCCCCCCCGAAGUCCCCCCGCCCUCACCACCCCCCGAAGCCGUCCCCAUCCCGCCCCCUGGAGCCCCAACCCCAACCCUUCCGCCAAAUCUGCCGCUCUUCCCCCCGCCCGAGGUCCCCUCUCCCCCUCCGCCCGGCAUUGUUCCGGAAAUCCCCGAGAUUCCCAACCCUCCGGAGCGAGCCCCCGAGAUUCCCAACCCUCCGGAGCGAGCCCCCGAGAUUCCCGAGGUGCCAACCCCGCCUGACGUGCUGCCGGACAUCCCGGGCAUCCCAGGACCGCCGCAUGUGCCGGACGCGCCCGAGCUGCCGCAUCUGCCGCCGGAGGUGCCGCCAGGAUCACCAGGCGGACGAGACGGCAUCAUGUGGGCGACGAUGGCCCGCCCGCGCUGACCGCCGCUGACCCUACUGGCAUAGCAACUUCCUAGAGUAGGUGGUCAUGCGCGAGCGGGAAACUACGUUAGCCUCAGAAGCACCUUCGGCUCAUCGUUGUACUGGAAAGCUGUUGUACCGUUCUGUAGUUGUAUAUACAACUUCAUAUGGA